AUGUGGUUAGAUAGAAUAAAAUGGGUAAUUUUGAUGAAUGUAUUUGUAAUUCUGAGUUCUAAAGCAGAUAGUUUAACAUGGAUAACAUUUGGUGAUUGGGGUGAACCAACUGGUAUUUUAAAAUCUGUUGCAAGAUCGAUGGGGGAAGUUGCAGAGAUUAUAGAUGCCAAAUUCGUUACAUCUGUUGGUGAUAAUUUCUAUCGUUGGGGAGUAGGUUCAGUUGAUGAUCCUCUUUGGGAGGAAUUGUUUGAAUCUACAUUUAUUCACGAAGGAUUAAGCAAAAUACCUUUUAGAUGUGUUUUAGGUAACCAUGAUUGGUGGGGAAAUGCAACAGCUCAAAUAGAUCGACACUAUAGUUUAGAAUCGCCACGUUGGUAUAUGCCAAAUUUUUGGUUUUAUACCUGGGAAACUUUUGAUGCCCCAGUGAAUGCUCCUCAUCCAUGGGAGAAUAAAACUGAGAAUGAAUAUAUAUCUAAUAAUGUAGUAGAGACAACAGCUCUAUUUUUAUAUAUAGAUACAUGGGUAAUGUCACCUCCUUUAGGAUCUAAUAUUAAGGAUUCAUUUUGGAAUGAUCAAAUGAAGUAUAUUGAAGAUACUCUUAAGGCUGCAGUGGUAAGAAAUGUCGAUUGGAUAUUUGUCAUAGGUCAUUAUCCAUGCUAUUCUAGUGGUGUACAUGGGGACAGAGUGGAUGUUCGAACAGUUUUGGAGCCUCUUUUACAAGAAUAUAAAGUGGAUGGUUACAUUGCUGGUCAUGAUCACCAUUUAGAAUUAUCUAAACCUAAGGAUAUGUUUACAUAUCAUUAUCUAGUAGGUUCAGCUUGCUGUCCUAAAAAACAUGAUUAUUAUAAUAAUAAGCAUAGGAUUUUCAGAACUGGACGUGGAGGAUUUACUUCGCAUAAAUUAACAAAAAAUGAGUUUCAUACAACUUAUCACAGUAUUCAUGGGGAUGCUAUUUUUACAAUAACUCAAAAAAGGUUGAAUAGAUUAGAUAUUCGGGAUAAACUUAUUAAAAAGGCUAGAUAUGCACAAUUUAAUAGUAUAGAAGAGAAGUUAGGUGAUCAAAUUAUUUCCGAUGAACCAAAGAAUGAUACUAUAGAAAAUAAUGAGGAAAAUAGUAGAGACAAGUUGAUUAUUUUAUCUUUGGAAGAAUUAGAAGACACUCCACUAUUGGAAAAACUUGAAGAUAUAGAUAUUACAAAUAUUAAUGAAGAAGUGGGUGAUAUAACAACUGAGAAAAUGGAACUUUUAGAUAAUUUGGAAUAUGAAUAUUUAAAUAACGAGUUUACAAGAAAUAUUUCUACAAACUCACACACUGAUGAUAAACUAAUUGUUAUUCCUGAUGAUUUAGCUAUAAUAGAUUUAUCUGUAAGUCCAAGUGUUUUAACAUCUGAAAUAUCUGAUGAAAUGAAAGCUGGAAUAUCUAACAUAAACCAAGAAAAGUGUGAUGGAUAUGGAUAUAUUUUAUCAUUUUAUCCAUUACCACCAUCAUCUAAGCGUGUACCUUUUAAAGAGGUUAGUAUUGAUAAAAAGUUUUAUGGUAUUUCUUUUGCAUUUGGAGCUAUGUUACUUAGAAAUCAUUUAAAAAAAAAAAUAUCAGGUCAUCCUAAACAUGAGUAUAGGCCAGCAGUUCAUAUUAAGCAUACUGUAGGAGUUGAUGGAUCUCCUGUAACUCCAAUGAGUUUUUUUCAGAAUAUAGCAUGGAGAGAAGUCUCAAAUAGUCUUAAAAGACAUUUUAAGAUACCAGAAACAACUUGGGAUUUAAUGAAACAUAAAGAUUGGAAAGGAUCCUUUGUACCUUGGAGAUUUGUUGAAUCUUGUACUAAUAUUUUACGUACUAUGAGUAUGAAUAAACUUAUGAUGCAUAGAAGAUCAUUUAUAGGGAUUCCUCUUAGUUAUUUUAAGAUUUAUUCUAAAGAUAUGGGGCUUAAUACUACUUAUAAAAUAUGUAAGGAUGUAGCAAAAAAGCUUCAUAUACAUAAACAGUUACAAGGACCUAGUCCUUCUAAUGAAGUUAUGAUUUGGGAUAGAUGUCCGCCUGAUUCAAAUGCUACUGAUCCUAAUGCAAGUUCUGAAUUAAAAACAAUAAUAGCAUUAUCUGUUAUCGGUACUGCUCGUGAUUAUUGUACAUUACCAAAUUAUAUUAUACAUAGAAAUUCUAAAGAUAUAUCUCAAAUAGGAAACAAAUUUAUUAAUUUUUUAAGUAGAUUUAAGUUAUGGCGUUCGACAAAGCAGAAAGCUCCUAUUACUAUUGGAGGUAUACAAUUAGACAAAUUAGUAUGGAUUCCUCUCCCAUUAGCUUGCAAGGUUGCAGAACAGCUAAUUAUUAAGGAGAACUUUAUUACAAGUUAUAUUGGUGACUCAAUAUUUGAAAAUACAGAUGAGAUAAUUACUAUAUGUGCUGAGAUAGUUUAUGAUAUAAUAACCUUCCUUCCUAAGGAAGAAGCUUUCAAUAUUUGUAGACACUUUACUUCUUAUGAGCUUGUAGCUCCUUAA